CUCAAUAUCUGCGAAGUAUUUGCCCAAGAGAGAACAAGAAAACAACAAAAGUGGGGUAGGAGCGCACGUAUGGAAAUUUUGGGUGACCAGUAAAAAACGGCAGUGAUCCAUUUUUAUGUGUAAAUUUUCAACUAUGUCUCUAUAUAUAGGUGGAUAUAUGGGUAGAUUUUUGCUGAGAGCUCAACUCUUGAAGUUAUGGCGAAAUUAAUGGGAAUGGGCAACAACCUGUCCUCGGUAUCAGGUGCCUUGCUGCCAUGUCGACGCAGCUUCAACCCGAUGCGCUGCUGUUUGCGUGUAGUAAAGUCGUCUCUGUCAAUGCCUGCAAGAAUUCAUGGCCGCCUUUUGACCCAUGAAGUCCGAGCUUCUUCGGCUGCCACCGUCGAAACUAAGCCCGAUCCCGUUGUUAAAGAGACAAAGUUGAACAUCCGCAAGAAUAUUUUAGCUUGUCCUAUUUGCUAUGAGCGACUUAUUUGGAAUGGUGAUCCUGACUUAUCUUUGGAAUCUGUAGCUCGGUCUACUUUGCAGUGCAGCACCUGCAGGAAGACAUACUCUGGUGAGGGUUCGCAUCUUGACCUGACAAUAACCGGUCGUGGCAAGGUGUAUGGUGACCCUGUGGCAGCCUCUACUGAGAUUUUCAGGUCGCCUUUGGUAUCCUUUCUCUAUGAAAGAGGUUGGCGACAAAGUUUUUCAUUUUGGGGUGGUUUUCCUGGCCCAGAGAAAGAGUAUGUGCUAGUCAAGGAAUACCUCAAGCCAGUCUUAGGUGGAAAUAUUAUCGAUGCAAGCUGCGGCAGUGGUAUGUUUUCAAGACUUUUUGCCAAAAGUGGACUAUUUUCCUUAGUCGUUGCUUUGGACUUCUCUGAAUCAAUGUUACAGCAAUGUUAUGACUUCAUUAAGCAGGAGGAUAACUUUCCUGAAGAGAACUUAAUUCUGGUUAGAGCUGAUAUCUCCAGGCUUCCAUUUGCUUCAAGUACUGUGGAUGCUGUGCAUGCUGGUGCUGCUUUACACUGCUGGCCUUCACCGUCAGCGGGGGUUGCAGAAAUAAGUCGGGUGCUGAAACCUGGAGGGAUGUUUGUUGCUUCAACUUACAUUGCAGACGGCCUCGUUUCAUAUAUUCCCCUACGUGGAGCUCUACGUCAGAAUAUUGCACAAUUCUCCGGCAGCCAUGUAUUUCUAUCUGAUACAGAACUGGAAGAUCUGUGUAAAUCUUGUGGGCUUAUCGACUUUACGUGCACUCGAAAUAGAAGGUUUGUGAUGCUUUCAGCCAUGAAACCUGUAUGAUUCAACCUUAUCGAUCCCGUCUAGUCGAGGUUUCCUGUAUAGAAUCUGCCUGGAACGACCGAUACCUGAUGUCAAACAAGUAAAACAAGCAUACCAACUGUGAUGAACAAGAAGUAUUCUUCGAUUAUUUGUUGUAAGAAAUAAAAGAGUGACUCUCUUCUUCCUUGUGAUCUAGCUGCAAUCCUUCUGUACCUUUGAUUUUGAGAGAUUGUUGCUGCCCGUCCUACACUUAAAUCUGGUGAAUUUUUUAUUCUGAUUUAUACUGCUUCGUCUA